CACUCACCAAUUACAAAUCUCUUCAUCUCUCUCAAUCGAGAACCUUCCCAAAACCUCCACAAAAAUGGCAGCUGCAGCUCCACCGCCGCCUCCUUCCGAAGCUCACAUCUUCCUCCCAGAAUCCACACCUCCAGGCGACACUCUCUUCACCCGCAUCCGCCUUGCCACCGCCGCCGACGUUUCCCACAUCCACAAGCUCAUCCACCAAAUGGCCGUCUUCGAGCGCCUCAACCACCUCUGCGAAGCCACCCCGGAGUCCCUCUCCGCCACGCUCUUCCCCCCCUCCGCCCCUCCCCCCUUCACCUCCUUCACCGUCCUCAUGCUCGAGCUCUCCCCCGCCCCCUUCCCUCCCCCCGCCGCCGCAGCAGCAGAUCCCCAUUUCACCCCCAUCCUCAAGCCCGUCCACCUCGAUCUCGCGAUCGACGAUUCCGAUCGGGCUGAUUUCACGAGCAACGCCUCGGAUGUUCUAGGGCACGAUGUUGUAAUUGGGGGAUUCGUGCUGUUUUUCCCCAAUUACUCGACGUUUUUGGCGAAGCCAGGGUUUUACAUCGAGGAUAUUUUCGUCAGGGAGUGCUAUCGCCGGAGGGGGCUGGGGCGGCUGCUGCUGUCGGCGGUGGCGGCGCAGGCGGCGAAGAUGGGGUACGGGAGGGUGGAGUGGGUGGUUCUCGAUUGGAAUGUGAAUGCGAUUAGUUUUUACGAGCAGAUGGGGGCGAAGAUUUUGCCGGAGUGGAGGAUUUGCCGCCUCGCCGGCGACGAGCUUCAGGCAUUUGGGCGUAUCAACCUAGGUUGAUACGACGGCGUUUUGGAGCGGGGAUUAAUAAAUUGCAGUGUUAAUUUUGAGCUUUUUUAAACUCUGAUCUCGUAGCUGUGUUAUUGAAUUUGGUAUUGGUGAUGAAAAUUACUGCUGUUUUGAGCUAUGUUUGGAAAUUAAAACUAAGUGCGUCUUAGUUGGUGAGACUCUAAGUCGAACCCUGAAUCAAUGGUCGAGGGUUCGAGUUAUUUCAUGUUGUGUGUGUUUGGAGUUGCGUGCUCGUUUGAGCUGGAGCUUAUGGCUAAAUGUGUCUUACCAACUAAGACGCCAAGUCGAACACUAAAUGGUUUGAGUGUGCGUGUGUUUGGAGUCGUGUCUUGGUUUGAGCUAUGUUUGAAGCUUAUAGCUAAUGUUGUGUCUCACCUUAGUCGAACCCUAACUCAAUAGUCGAGGGUUCGAGUUAUCUUAUGGUGCGUGUGAUUGAAGUUGCGUGCUCGUUUGAGCUAUGUUAGGAGCUUGCAAUUAAGUUCUUCUUGCCAACUAAGAUGAUCCUCUCAAACCAAUAGUCGAGGAUUCGAGUCAUCUUAGAGUGAAUUCGGUGUUUCGAGUUUGUUGCUGGUUUGAGCUAUGUUUGGAGCUUUUGAUGAGAUUUUAUCUACCUACUAUUGUAAGGGGCUUUUGAUGAAAUUUUAUCUACCUACUAUAGUAAUUAGUAAGGAUGAAUGUUGUAACUUAGUCUUGCUCUUGCUCUUAAAAUUGUGUAGGUGAAGUAAAAUGCAAUGUACUUUUAUUUGUAAAA